CCUGCAAGGGGAGCUAUGAGCUUGCCUGCCGUUCUUCCCUCCUGUGUCUUAGGGGUUGGAAUCGAUGGUGGGAAUGACAAGGACUGGGAGGCCAACGCUGGGAAGAUCACGCUCAUUAAAAAGAAAGGGAAAGUGAAGGCUUUGGAUGAAGAAGUAAACAAACAGCAGGAUAUAGAUCUGGACAUUGAGUUUGAUGUGCACCUUGGAAUCGCUCAUACCCGCUGGGCCACCCACGGCGAGCCUAAUCCGGUCAACAGCCACCCACAGCGAUCAGACAGGAACAAUGAAUUUAUUGUUAUCCACAAUGGAAUAAUCACAAAUUACAAAGAUCUGAAAAAGUUCUUGGAGAGCAAAGGCUAUGAAUUUGAAUCUGAAACUGAUACAGAAACCAUUGCAAAGCUUGUCAAGUACAUGUAUGACAACCGUGAAAGCGACGAUAUAAGUUUCACCACCUUGGUGGAAAGGGUCAUCCAACAGCUGGAGGGUGCCUUCGCUCUUGUAUUCAAAAGUGUGCAUUAUCCUGGCCAGGCAGUUAGUACAAGAAGGGGAAGCCCUCUGCUCAUCGGGGUUCGAAGCGAGCACAAGCUUUCUACUGACCACAUUCCGAUCUUGUAUCGGACAGCCACACAGUCUGUAGAUCAUUCAUUUGAUGGCGUAUCCAAAAAACCGGAAGAAGGCAAAGACAAGAAGGGGACCUGUAGUCUCUCCCGCAUGGACAGCACCACCUGCCUCUUUCCUGUGGAGGAGAAAGCCGUGGAGUACUACUUUGCCUCUGAUGCCAGUGCUGUGAUUGAACACACCAACCGGGUGAUUUUUCUAGAAGAUGACGAUGUGGCUGCCGUGGUAGAGGGCCGCCUUUCCAUACACCGGAUCAAGCGAACUGCUGGAGAUCACCCUGGCCGGGCUGUUCAGACCCUACAGAUGGAGCUGCAGCAGAUCAUGAAGGGUAACUUCAGUUCAUUCAUGCAAAAGGAAAUAUUUGAGCAGCCAGAAUCUGUUGUGAACACCAUGAGAGGAAGAGUCAACUUUGAUGACUACACAGUGAAUCUUGGGGGCUUGAAAGAUCACAUCAAGGAGAUUCAGCGAUGCCGGCGCCUGAUCCUCAUCGCUUGUGGAACGAGUUACCACGCAGGCGUCGCAACUCGCCAAGUGCUGGAAGAGCUGACUGAGCUGCCUGUCAUGGUGGAGCUGGCCAGUGACUUCUUGGACAGGAACACUCCGGUCUUCCGAGAUGACGUCUGCUUUUUCAUCAGCCAGUCAGGAGAAACAGCUGACACGCUGAUGGCCCUUCGGUACUGCAAGGAGAGGGGAGCCCUCACCGUGGGCAUCACCAACACUGUUGGGAGCUCCAUUUCACGGGAGACAGACUGUGGGGUGCAUAUCAACGCAGGGCCGGAGGUUGGGGUGGCCAGUACAAAGGCCUACACAAGCCAGUUUGUCUCCCUUGUAAUGUUUGCGCUCAUGAUGUGUGAUGACAGAAUUUCUAUGCAAGAACGGAGGAAAGAAAUAAUGCGAGGCCUCAAGUUGUUGCCGGACUUGAUUAAAGAAGUGCUGAGCAUGGACGAUGAGAUCCAGAAACUGGCCACGGAGCUCUACCACCAGAAGUCUGUCCUCAUUAUGGGGCGGGGCUACCACUAUGCCACGUGCCUCGAAGGCGCCCUGAAAAUCAAAGAGAUCACCUACAUGCACUCUGAAGGCAUCCUGGCUGGUGAACUAAAGCAUGGUCCCCUCGCCCUGGUGGAUAAACUCAUGCCUGUGAUCAUGAUCAUCAUGAGGGACAACACCUAUGCUAAGUGCCAGAACGCGCUCCAGCAAGUGAUUGCACGGCAGGGGCGACCUGUUGUGAUUUGUGAUAAGGAAGAUAUUGAGACCAUCAAAAAUAACAAGCGAACCAUCAAAGUCCCCCAUUCUGUGGACUGUCUGCAGGGGAUCCUGAGUGUGAUUCCUUUACAGCUGCUGGCUUUCCACCUUGCUGUCCUCAGAGGCUACGAUGUUGACUUUCCAAGAAACUUGGCCAAAUCUGUUACCGUUGAAUGAGAUGCUCGACAAGGUUGGCAAGAGAUUUCCUCCCCCCCCACUUUUGGUACCGAAAAACGCUGAUUUUAAACAUUCUCCUGUGAUCAAUUCUUACUUCCAAUGUAGAAAAACCUUUAUAAUUGUUGCAUUUGUGAUAGUUAGGAGUUGAAUCCAUGAGCUCUGUUGGUAGCAUUGUUCAGUGGCAGCGAUGUCAAGAAUACAGUUUUUUUUUCUUUUUUAAAAAAUGGGUUCCUGUAAUCCUCGUCAGUUAUAUAGUUAAAUAGAAUCAUUUCCUAGUUAUCUGUAGGACAUUCAGAGGGGUGAGUUCUUGCAUGGAUGGAGAUGAAAUUGCUAGUGACGUGAUAAGGGCCCAAGAGAUCGGCCGCCUCCUUUUCCAGAAGUGCUCCGCUGCCACCAUCGGGAGAAUCCAGGUAGAGUUCAUUGGCUUCCAGGCUUCUGCUGGCCAGCGCACUCCAGCCUUCCCCCCACCAGUUCACGUUUGUGCAGUUUGCCAGAAGGAGCCCCACGGCAUCGGUUCUGUGGGCAUUACUCUCUCCAGCCAACUCUGUGCUGUGUAGAUCUAUCAAGCCUUGAUUGCACAGGCCUGCAUUUUGGAGUUUGGUGUCACGCCUUCAGGCCUUGCAAAAAAGGUGUGAAAAUAACCCCAGUUCCUAAGCAGAACAAGAGGUCUGCGUAGCUGAUCCUUCCGAAAUGAGGGCCCUGUCCCUGCAUUUAAUGGGAAUCCUUGGCACUUUUAUCUGAGGAGCGGAGAAUUCAUUUUUCUCCAAACAAGAUAAACUUUCAUUUUUCAAGGAACCUCUUUUCAGUGCGUUAAAGACAAAUGCCAACAUUUGAAGGUGCAAUGAGAAAAAAAGCCUGCUUGAAUUUGUGUGGCUGAGUAAGAACAAGCACCGCGGCUGUGCAGCUCUUUAGUCCUUCUCCUGCUUCCCUCGAUCUGUGAAUGUCUGUGGUGGAUUCCAGUGGCAAAAACGGGAGUCAGAAUAGAUGUCCUCCAGUGAAUUUGGGUAACUCGUGAUGGAGGCCUGGAGGUUCUUCCAUCAUUUGUGAUGUAAGCAAGAUUCACAUUAACCAUGGGGCAGGGAUGAACCAGGGAGUUGUUUUUUCCAUCUGAACAUCCUUCAGGUGAAAGACACUCUGGUCUUCUCUGUAUAGCAUCCUGAUUCUUGAUAAAAAGAAGGAAAAUGUCUGCAAAUUUUGAGUUGGACAUUUAUUGAGGAAGGGCCUUCAAGUACUUCAAAGUCCCGUACUUCUUCGAUCAUCUGAAAUGGACAGAAUUUCUUUCAAUCCAAAUACAUUUGCUUUGAACAAUCUUUUAAACUAGACCAGCCCUCUGUUCUUCUGGUUAUUAUGCUGAUAUUUCUGUGGUGGGUAAGAGAGCUAAAAGGAUUCUAAAAUAUCUAUGGUGGGAAUAAUGCCAAAGGGAAGACAUACAGUAUAAGGAGAGGACCAAAGAUAUGCUCCUUGGCCAAAUAGAUGCAUCAGGAAGGAUCGUCCUACUCUGAUAUCUAGAGGAUGCAAACAUAAUAAAAAUCUAGAUUGACCAAAAUAUGCCCCUCUUACUUCUCAUUAGUUAACGGGACAGUGAUGGCAUUAAAAAGGCUUUCAUUGGUAUACUUCUAGAAUGGAGAAAAGGCAAGUUGCACAGAAACUCAGCAGAAAUUUAAAAUAUGCCAGAAUACAGAGGUAAGCUGACUCUCAGCUUGUUCUCGGCAUCGUUUUAUUGGAUAAGAAAUAAAUAUCCUGAUGUUUGGGGGAGAUGUUGACCUGCAUCCUUCUUUCCUCACUGUGCAGUAGAAGGGAAAGAUGACCUGCGGGAUCCAUUAGUCGGAAGCUGUCUCAUUUAAGGACAGCCUGCUGAGCGCGUGGGCCGUCUCCUUUCAAGUUUACAGCAUGCAUAUUCAGCUCACCACAACAUGAUGCUUUCCGUUCAUGAAUGAAGUUGUAGUUUGCAGUUACUGGUGAACCUGGAUAGUUCUGAAAUUUAUUAUAAAGAGAAGUCACUUUGCAAAUGUUGGUGUUCAUGUAAUGUCCAGGUGCUGUUCUCCAUCCUUCUCAGUGGCUGCUGGAUUCACAUCUGAGCUGCCCAUAACAGUCAAAAGCCUUAGGAUGUUGGAGAGGGCUCUUCACUCAGCUUGUCGGUGCUACUCUAAGUCUGUUGGGGAAGCACACUCCAGGGAGAAUGUGCUGAUCAGGAGAAAUAAGGCCACACGUAGUUCCAGAAGCCACAUGGCAUACAAGGCUGGAAGUGAGGCCAGUCCAAAAGGGGAGGCCCGCAGACAUCUUCCUGCUUCACUUUCUACACAGAGUGUUCCCCAUGCUUUCAAGCACCCGCCCUUGGCCCCAGAGAACCACGAGUCUGUUGCAGGGGUUUCCCUGGAACGCCGCACGAGUCCAAUCACUUGCACCAUGGCCAGUGUUCUCCAUGGCACAUGGCCUUGUUUCCUCUGCCUCUUGAACUCAUUACUAGUUGGGCUGAGCAAAGUGUGUGUGUGUGUGUAAAACUGGAAUACUUGGGCAAUCAUUCCUUUUUUUCUUUGUUUUCUUUGAAUGUACGUAUUUGGCCUGUCUUGGUGGAUGGGACCAUGGUUCGUUUUGUGUAUAACUUUAUCAUUUAAAUUGUUCUCCCAACUUUGUUUUUUGUACCUUGCUCUUUGAAUAAAAACAAGCGCGUAAUCUUCCUUA